UUGGACAAAGAAAACACAUAGAUUAUUUAUACUAGUAAGAAGGAGAAAAUUUUAUAAAUUAGAGUGCAUACAUUGCUGUGAGAAAAAAAGAGAGAAUCCAAGGGGGAAAUGGCUGAGAGUGAGAGAGAAUCAAUAAAAGAACAAAUCUCUAUGUUUGAUGAGAAAAUGAUAAGUGCUCAAAGGGCUGCAAGGAGUGAAAACUGGAGGGAAUUCAAGAAACUCUUUGAAGUUGACAGGAUGCGGUUACUUGAUCCCCUUGACUUGUUUGGAAACACUGCCAUCCACAUUGCAACUCACUCUGAUAAUCCAAAUCUCUUGCAGGAACUUCUGGAGUUGCUUCCUCGACAAGAAAGGUGGCGCGCGAUGAGGAUGGGGAAUUGUGUGAAUAACACCCUUCUGCAUGAGAUAGUCUUUUGCACAACGGUUGACAUGGCUGGUGUUGUGUUCAAGUUGGAGAAGGAGCUGCAGGAAGAAGUAGAAUCAUAUGAUCCCCUUGUAGAAGUAAGAAAUGACUCUGGUGAAUCCCCUUUGUUCAGGGCUGCUAAGCUUGGAAAGCUGAAGAUGCUUAAAUAUAUGGCAAAUCAUGUGGUUGGUGACAUAAGAAGUCAUUUUGUAAGAUUUGAUAGAUGUUCCAUUCUCCAUGCUUGCAUUCUUGGUCAAUUCUUUGAUGUUGCUAUUUGGUUAUUGAAAUUGGAUGGAAAUUUGGCUCAACACAAGGAUAUGGAUGGGUUGACAUGUCUUCAACUUCUUGCCAACAUGCCUCUUGUUUUUCGGAGCCAAACCCCCUCAAUGGGAGCAGUGAAGAACCUUGUAUAUUAUUUGCUUCCAGAUGAAGGAUAUGAAAUUGAUGAUGAUUAUGACGAGAAGGGGGAGGAGGAGGAAGAGAGUGUUUCGUUCAGACUGAGAACAGAUUUAGAAAGUGGUCCACUGGACAAGGCAAAGCAAUCUGUUCACCAAUUUGCAGCUUUUUCAAGGAUCAAUUAUGCUAUUUGGAAAAUUUUGGCUAAAGAGUUCAAUGGGAUUGGACAUAUUUGGCAAAAGAAGAAACAACACAAGUUAGCAGAGUGUCUGGCUGAGUUGUUAGUGCAGAAGGACUUCUCAUGGCAGAUUUCUUUUCAUUCAAAUUUUCAACCAUUGAUUGUGUUGCCAAUUCUUUCUUCCAAACUAGACAGAAUAAAAGAAAUUCAGCUGAUGAAGGAGAAACGCCAGUUAGUUGAAAUAGCUCAUUCUAGAAUCAGCAAACCUUUGCUCAAGGAAUCCAUUUCCGAAGCAUCCCAUUUUAAAAACUACACACCUCUUCUCAUGGCAGCCGGUUCAGGAAUCGUAGAAAUUGUUGAAAAAAUCAUUGACAUGAAUCCUGAGGCUAUUAGUCAUGUUAGUCAGGAUGAACACAAUGUUCUACACAUGGCUGUGAAGCACCGGCAGCUUAAAAUCUUCAAUCUGAUAAAGAGAAAUUCUGCAUUCAAAUCAUUGAUACACAGGAUAACCGGGGAAGGUCGCACUCUCUUGCACCAAGUUGCUAGAAUGGAGUUUUACAAGGAGCAACGGCUCCCUGGCGUGGCGUUCCAACUGCAAGACGAGUUGCGUUGGUACGAAAGAGUGAGAAGGAUUGUUCCUCCUCACUACUUAAUGCAUUGUGACAAAGAUGGCCUAACUGCGAAAGAUGUUUUGGAAAUGGAGCAUCAGGAUAUGCACAAAGAGGCAAAGUCCUGGAUAAAGGAGACAGCUCAAUCAUGCUCCACCGUAGCAGUUCUUGUUGCCACAGUUGUCUUUGCGGCGGCCUACACAAUCCCAGGUGGGAGCCAAAAUGGCACGCCAGUGUUCUUCGGCUCACGAGUGUUCCUCUUCUUCACUAUCACUGAUGUUGUGGCCCUUGUGAGCUCACUUGCCUCAGUGGUGAUGUUCCUUUCAAUCCUGACAUCACCGUUCGAGCUAUGGGAUUUCUACAAGUCCCUCCCAAGAAAGCUCAGCCUGGGAUUUGCAUUGCUGUUCUUCUCAUUGGUGUGCACAAUGCUGGCAUUCAGCGCAACCGUUUUGCUGACGAUUCGGUUGGAUAACAAGGAAUGGACUUCUAUUUUGUUCUAUUGUGCUGGAUUCCUUCCUGUGGCUAUAUUUGCAUGGAUGCAAUUCCCACUCUAUAAGACUCUUCAAAAGUUAGUUAGGAGGCUUUACAACAGGGUUAAGCAGGUGUAAGUGAAUGAUGUUAUUAUAUCUAAUAAGCUCAACUUUCUUGCUUGAGUUUAUGUGUUGCCGGAUAUAAACUAGUAUAUUUGUAAGGUGUAAAUACUGUGAAAGCAUAUAUAUAUUAGACCUCACCAUUGAUUCAGAAUUAAAUUAAACUAGUAGAUUUGAAACCAUUGCAGAAUUGUACAUCUAAUUUUUAAUUUUAUGAUAGAAAUAGAUUGCUCAUUU